GUGAGUGUUUGUGUGUGUGUUGUUGCUGAGCAGCGCGCUGCGGCUCCCAUGCUCGACUCGGCUGCCAGCGUUUGCAUCGCCCCACGAGGAGGGGGCCAGCGUGGGGGGCUAGGUGCGCUCCGCCCCCAGCUGCUUUGCCGUCGCCCCCCACGGCAGGGCGCGCUCAGCGGUCCCCAUGUUUCUUGGGUACGGCCGCGCCCUGAUGGCCACGUUGCCGUCAUCGGACUCUAGUUGCGCCUCUGCGUAUGAGCCCCAAAUCGAGCUGCACCAAUCCUCACACCUUGCACGCACAUGGCAGGGUCUGCAUCCCGAGUGCGUGCCCUCCACUUUCAAAGAAGACCUCGCCAAGGCCGACUUUCUCGACGGCGACGGCGCCCUCUACGAGUAUGCCGUCGAGACGGCGGCGUGCAAGGCGCGCGAGGUGUACGAGCGUCUCGUCAAGCAAGACGGCAUGAAUCCGCCGGAUCUCGUCAUUGCCGCAGACACCAUCGUGCUGAAGGACAAGGUGAUCCUCGAGAAGCCAAGAGACAAAGUCGAUCAGUUGAGGAUGUUGGCGGAACUCAACGAUGGCGAACGCGCGCGUGCGGCGAGCAACAGUGUGAAGUAAUCACGGGCAUCUCCAUCAUCCAUCC